AUGAAUUAUUGGGAUCUUGAUAAUGACAAUGAUGAUUUAGGUGAAGAAGAGGAAAACAAUGAAGGAGAGGAAUAUGAUGAAGUGGGAGAAAUGUUGGGAGAAAUGUAUGAAGGAACAAAUGCAGAAGGACAAACAGAGGAUCAUGAUCCUAAUGUUGGAAUGGAAGAGUGUUUCUUUGUUAGGUUGCUCAGGGAAGCCCAACGUGAACUUUAUCCAGGUUGGCAAGAUGUUUCAUUGUUAUCUUUCCUAGUAAAAAUCCUUCAUUUGAAGGAAUUGAAUAAGUGGAGUAAUAAGUCAUUUGAAAUGACACUCCAAUUAUUCAAGGAAGUUCUACCGAAGCAUUCGACAAUUCCUAACUCACCCUAUGAAGUGAAGAAAAUUUUAAGAGAUUUGGGGUUGGGUUAUGUGUAUAUUGAUGCAUGCAAGAAUGAUUGCGUCUUGUUUUGGAAGGAGUUGAGUGAAAGAAAUACUUGUCCUAUAUGUGAGGAACCUCGAUGGAAGAUAGAUGACAAUAAAAGCAAGUGGGUUCCUCACAAAAUUUUAAGGUAUUUUCCACUAACUCCUAGGUUGAAGAGGUUAUUUAUGUCAAAGCAAACUACUUUAGCGAUGCGAUGGCACAAAGAGAAGCGGAAAGAAGAGAGUAACAUAUUAAGUCAUCCUGCAAAUGGAGAGGCAUGGAAGCAUUUAGAUUUGCUAUAUCCUGAUUUUGCACAAGAUUCUCGUAAUGUAAGGCUUGCUUUGGCAACUGAUGGUUUUAAUCCAUUUGGAAAUAUGAGCACAUCAUAUAGUAUGUGGCCUGUCAUACUUGUUCAAUACAACAUGCCAUUAUGGAAAUGUAUGAAGGAGCCUUUCUUUAUGAUGUCUUUACUCAUUCUAGGGCCACGAGCUCCAGGAAAAGACAUUGAUACUUAUUUGCCUCCACUAAUUGAUGAGUUAAAUGAGUUGUGGACACAUGGUGUGCAAACUUAUGAUGCAGUUACCAAAGAGAAUUUUCAAAUGAAGGUAGUGCUUUUAUGGACAAUAAAUGACUUCCCUGCAUAUGGGAACUUGUCUGGGUGGAUCACAAAAAGAUACAAGGCAUGUCCAAUAUGUUAUGAUGAUCCUCCAUCAAGGCUAUUGAGGAGAAAAAUUGGGUAUUUGUGUAGUCGUCAGUUCUUACCUCCAAAUCAUAGGUGGCGGAGGAAUGCUAAUGCAUUUGAUGGAAAGGUUGAGAAAUGA